CAUUCAUUUGGCCAUCAUUCCAUUCUCUCAAACCUAGUUUUUUCACUUCUUUUGUGUGAAAGAGAGGAAACGUGAGAGCUCAGAGUUCUCUGCAGGUUCUCCCAAACACUUCAAACAACCAUGGCUUCUCCAGCCUCAGAACCCACCAUGGUUUUGGAAAUGUUCGACCUUGAGAAACAUGGCUCCACUGAAAGGGUUCAGUGGGUGCUGAAUACCCCCAAGCCGCCAGGUCUAGGCCGUGAGCUCAUAGAAACUGCUUUUCCUCGUGGAAACAACAUUCCACCUCUUAGCAAACAGUCUGCGAGGAAACGCAUAGUUUCUGUCUUGCAGGCAACAUUUCCCAUACUCUCUUGGGGUAGAAAAUACAAGGCGGUCAAAUUCAAGAACGACUUAAUGGCGGGCCUAACUCUUGCAAGCCUCUGCAUUCCUCAAAGUAUUGGAUAUGCAACAUUGGCAAAGCUCGAUCCUCAAUAUGGCCUCUACACUAGUGUUAUCCCACCUCUCAUUUAUGCUGUGAUGGGAACUUCAAGAGAGAUAGCCAUUGGACCAGUCGCUGUGAUUUCGCUGCUUUUGUCUUCAAUGGUACAGAAAAUAGAAGAUCCUGUUGCUAAUCCUGUUGGUUACCAGAAACUUGUGAUAACUACAACUUUCUUUGCGGGUGCCUUUCAAGCUGUUUUCGGAAUAUUCAGGUCUGGUUUCCUUGUGGAUUUUCUCUCACAUGCUGCAAUCGUUGGGUUCAUGGGAGGAGCAGCCGUUGUCAUUGGUCUUCAACAGCUGAAAGGGCUUCUUGGGAUCAAUCACUUUACAAACAAGACUGAUGUUAUUUCUGUGAUCAAAGCUGUGUGGAGAUCGUUUGAGCAUCCUUGGAACCCUUACAAUUUCAUUCUUGGUUGUUCAUUCCUCUGUUUCAUCCUAAUCACUAGAUUUAUGGGUCGGAGAAACAGGAAACUCUUUUGGCUGCCAGCCAUUGCUCCUCUGAUAUCUGUCAUCUUAGCAACUCUCAUUGUCUUCCUGACAAGAGCUGAUGAACAUGGAGUUAAGAUAGUGAAACACAUCAAAGGAGGCUUGAAUCCGAGUUCAGUGCACCAGCUGCAGUUCAAAGGGCCACAUGUAGGAGAAGUAGCCAAGACUGGUUUGAUUGUUGCUAUGGUAGCGCUGACGGAAGCAAUUGCUGUUGGUCGGUCUUUUGCCUCUGUAAAUGGAUACCACCUUGAUGGGAACAAGGAAAUGGUAGCCAUGGGAGUCAUGAACAUUAUAGGCUCUUUCACCUCCUGCUAUGUUGCCACUGGUUCAUUCUCGCGAACGGCUGUGAAUUACACUGCAGGAUGUGAAACAGCAGUGUCAAACAUAGUGAUGGCUGUUACAGUUCUAAUAUCAUUGGAGCUAUUGACAAGGCUAUUGUAUUACACUCCAGUGGCAAUUCUUGCUUCAAUCAUUCUCUCUGCUCUUCCUGGCCUCAUUGACGUCAAUGAAGCUUACAACAUUUGGAAGGUUGAUAAGCUCGAUUUCCUUGCUUGCGUUGGAGCCUUUUUUGGAGUCCUCUUUGCAUCUGUGGAGAUUGGUCUUCUUAUCGCGGUAACAAUUUCCUUUGCAAAGAUAAUUCUCAUCUCAAUCAGACCAGGAACUGAAUUUCUCGGGAAGCUUCCGGGAACGGAUAUUUAUAGUGAUGUAGAUCAGUAUCCUAUGGCGGUUAAAACUCCUGGGGUCUUAAUUUUGCGUCUCAAGUCUGCAUUGCUUUGCUUUGCAAAUGCAAAUUUUGUUAGAGAAAGGAUUAUGAAAUGGGUAGAGCAAGGUGACACCAAGACCAACUCAGAAAAGGCUAUUCAACUUGUAAUUCUGGACCUCUCGAGCUUGAUGGACAUAGAUACAUCAGGAAUUGCUUCUUUGGUGGAACUGUACUAGAAUCUUGAUUCCAGUGGGAUGAAGAUGGCCAUUGGAAAUCCCAGGUGGCAAGUGAUUCACAAGUUGAAGAUGGCCGGCUUUGUGGACACAUUCGGAGGAGGAAGGGUCUUUCUAAGUGUAGGAGAAGCUGUGGAUGCAUUUAAAUAAAUUCUCCUCCUCAAAGUCUUCUUUAUCGGUAUGCACGAAAUGGGUUGCAUAAUUAACUAAAGAAUAAAGGCUCCUUUCCUCCCAACGGAUCAAUGGGGAAAGGAGUAAGAAUAUUAUCUAGAUGUAGAUUUGAAGUAUAUAUUAUGAGGCUUGAACUUGUUGUAUUCCUAAAUAAGAGAAGGC